AUGUCGUCUGUUGGGCCGCUUGAGGAUGAAGCGGCAGGCACAGAGCUCGGGGGCAGCCCUGCAGACCCUGCGACCCUCACGGAGAUAGAUCCAAGUGCAAUCCAGGUCAGGAAGACGCGCACAGUGGUAAAGCUGGACUGCGAGAGGCUAGUGUCGAAGAAGGGACUGCCGUAUCUGCUGAAGAACGCGCCGAAACAUGCCCGCAUAUCCAAGCGCCGCGACACAUACGGCAAUCUCUGCCAUGUUCUGCAGUUCUACCAGCUGUGGGCUCAUGAGCUCUAUCCAAAAGCGAAGUUCAAGGACUUUGUGGCGCUUUGCGACAGGCUAGGCAAGACGGACAGGCAGCUGCGCGCGUAUCGCAUGCAGCUGAUACGGGAGGAACUGGGCUUAGCGGCGGAGGGACUAGACCCUCCGCCGCAGCCGCUGCGGGAGCACACCGGCGCCGGCGGCUCUCAGCCCGCGGGUUCCGUUGCACAAGACACAAACACUAACGCCGACCUUUCGGACGAUGAUCUAUUGUACACGACUUCUAGGGCAGCUGCCGCGAGCUCGACUGCGAAUCCAGUUCCGAGAUCCGAGACGCCUGCCGCGCUAGCGGGCGUCGAUGAGGCUGAACUUCUGGCGCAGCUGGCAGAGAUGCAACGUGCGGCGGAGGAAGAUGUCCACGAAUCGGAGGACGACGAGCAGUUGGCGCUGAUGCGCGAAAUGGAUGAGUUCAUGUAA